UCUCCACGCCUCUACCGGUAAGACUGUCAGCCAUAUUUCUGAGUCCGGGAGAGAAGAGGUUCCCUGAGCAGACAGAACCGGAGGAGGAGGCUGCACCGGCCCGGAUGUACACGGCACUGACUGUAGAUAGACGAGAUACUCCCGGGACACAGACGGGUCUCCGGGUACAGCGACACUUUGGAGGCGCAGGCCGGCCGAGCGUCACGGAGGACUUCCUCUUCUUCUGGGUUUUAUGAGAGCGGAACGCAGAGAGAAGAGCCAUGCCGAAACCUAUCAACGUGCGUGUCACCACCAUGGACGCAGAGCUGGAGUUUGCCAUCCAGCCGAACACGACAGGAAAACAGCUGUUCGACCAGGUGGUGAAGACAGUAGGCCUUAGGGAGGUUUGGUUCUUCGGUCUCCAAUACACCGACAGCAAGAGUUACAUCACCUGGCUCAAACUCAACAAGAAGGUGACCCAGCAGGACGUCAGGAAGGAGAACCCUCUGCAGUUUAAGUUCAGAGCAAAGUUCUACCCUGAGGACGUGUCUGAGGAGCUCAUCCAGGAGAUUACCCAGAAGCUCUUCUUCCUGCAGGUGAAGGAGUCGAUCCUGAACGAUGAGAACUACUGUCCCCCAGAGACGGCGGUACUGCUGGCGUCCUACUCCGUCCAGACCAAGUAUGGAGACUACAAUAAAGAAACACACACACCUGGAUACCUGGGCUCGGACCGGCUGCUGCCCCAGAGAGUACUGGAGCAACAUAAGCUGACUAAGGAGCAGUGGGAGGACAGAAUACAGACGUGGCACGAAGAACACCGAGGCUUACUCAGAGACGACUCUAUGAUGGAGUACCUGAAGAUCGCCCAGGACCUGGAGAUGUACGGGGUCAACUACUUUGACAUCAAGAACAAGAAGGGGACGGAGCUCUGGCUCGGAGUGGACUCCCUAGGGCUCAACAUCUAUGAGCACAACGACAAGUUGAGUCCCAAGAUUGGCUUCCCUUGGAGUGAGAUCAGGAACAUCUCCUUCAGCGACAAGAAGUUUGUCAUCAAACCCAUUGACAAGAAGGCUCCAGACUUUGUAUUCUACGCGCCGCGUCUGCGCAUCAACAAGCGCGUGCUGGCGCUCUGCAUGGGGAACCACGAGCUGUACAUGCGGCGGAGGAAACCCGACACCAUCGAGGUGCAGCAGAUGAAGGCCCAGGCCCGCGAGGAGAAGCACCACAAGCAGAUGGAGAGAGAUCAGCUGGAGAACGAGAAGAAGAAGCGGGAGCAUGCGGAGAGAGAGAGGGAGAAGAUAGAGAGAGAGAAGGAUGAACUGAUAGAGAGACUGAGACAGAUAGAGGAGCAGACACACAGAGCUCAGAAAGAGCUGGAGCAGCAGACCCUCAAAGCCCUCCAGCUGGACCAGGAGCGGAGGAGGGCCCAGGAGGAGGCCGGGCGGCUCGAGAAGGAGAGGCAUGCGGCCGAGGAGGCCAAGACUGCGCUGACCCAGCAGGCCGCGGACCACAUGAAGAACCAGGAGACCCUGGCUGCUGAGCUGGCAGAGUUUACAGCCAAGAUCGCACUGCUGGAGGAAGCCAAGAGGAAGAAGGACGAGGAGGCGUCAGAGUGGCAACACAAAGCCAUUUCAGCCCAGGAGGACCUGGAGAAGACGAAGGCGGAGCUUCACACUGCGAUGAUGCCCCCGGCACCGGCGGACGAGCUGGACGAGGCCAGCGGGGAGGCCAGCGCUGAGCUGCUCAGCGAGGGAGCGGGCGGCCUGCGCAGCGAGGAGGAGCGCGUCACCGAGGCCCAGAAGAACAGGCGCGUCAAGCAGCAGCUACAGGUUCUGAGUUCGGAGCUGGCCGAGGCCCGAGAUGACACCAAGAAGACCCAGAAUGACGUGCUGCACGCCGAGAACGUGCGAGCCGGGCGGGACAAGUACAAGACCCUGAGACAGAUCCGCCAGGGGAACACCAAGCAACGCAUCGACGAGUUCGAGUCCAUGUGAGACAGCAGGACUUCAGUACAGGAAGAGAGAGACACCGAGAAGGAGAGAGACAGAGAGACAGAGAGAGAGAGAGGAGGGACUGGGUGCUACGACGCAUCGUCACAGAAGAGAGUGAGCGAGCGACACAGAAGAGACAGACACUGCGACUUAUAGAGAGAGCCUUAUUGUCACGCCAAUGCUUUCUCCCCAAUUUUGCCUCCUUUCCCCCAUCUUCUAGGGAAUACAAAGGGGGCAACUGGGCAUGUCCUCCAAUACCCCACUAGUGCCCCCCCCCCCCCCUGAUCCAACGACCACCCCGUCCUAAGAAUACAUCCUGCGACAGGAUUGGCUGCCAGCAGGACCUGCUGGACUUCAGCGUUAAUCUAAUGGCUAACAACUCGCAUGUACAUCUAGACCCAACACGAUGGAUGGAUGUCAGUGUGGAGCUAACGGCUUGCACAAACCACAACAUGGCUGGACUUCAGCUUACUGCUUACAGCUAGCAUGUACAUCUCUAGACCUAAAAGAUGGAUGGACUUCAGCUUACAGCUAACAGCUAGCAUGUACAUCUAGACCCACAAGAUGGACUUCCGUGUCAGGCUAACAGUUAACCGCUUGAAACCUAGCACAAACCCUCAGAUAGAUGGGUGAAGAUAAAGACUGUUUGAUAUCUUGUUUUUAUUUAUUGGGGAAAUAAAGCAGCCAUUUGUAGCUUUUUAAUGUCUCGGGCAAGCUUGUCAUGAAGAGCUCCAAUAUGUGUCCCUAACUUUAAGUUUUCUGUCAACCAAAUUUAAAAUAAUGUCUUUGGGAGAAAAAAGUGACUGAGUCGUUUCAUUCUCAUCUCUUGUUAAGAGUUUUUUGUUCGAUGUUGGUAAAAUAUAAGGACAUUUCUGGUUUCAGCUUUGAAGGGGACAAUCUGCAUUCAAGAAGGGUGCAUUGUCAGCAGGAAUUUAUUUUUUUAGAGUAGAUUACUAGAGAAUCAGAUGAUCCUGUACACCAUCUUGAACACCAUUAUUUAAUAACCAACCCAACCAACCCAGCCUUUACACAAAUUACUACUUAAACGUAUUGAUCCAAAUAGCCUAACUAUCCUUUGUUAGUUUAACAUUAUUUAAAUACUUGUGUACCAAUUUGAUAGACUUCUGAGACCAUUUUGAUAGUUUUCAACUGGUUCAUUAAGUCUAUUGGACAGCAAUUGAUUUACCAAUAUGGGUGUAGGCUUAAGUUAUUAAAAUAAAUCCAGCCAAUCCGCUUGGUUAUCUAAGUUACUCAUGCCAAAUAGAUCUGCGCGACCGACUGCUGUUGCCAAUGAAAACGGCAGUGUGGGAAACUUUAAACUUACUGGUGGUAAAGAAUAUCAUUAUAAUCAUUAGGUUAGUACUGCAUGCAGCACUCAACUAUUGUUCUUCUUAGGCUUUAUUCUGUAUUUCUUUAUUAUUCUCAACAAAUUUUGGGAACCUACUCCUUACACAACUUUUCACCUAGAGACUCCUUUUAAAUGUAAUGUUCAUAUUAUCUUGGAAUCCCGCGCUACCAUUGGAAUCGCGCACUACCAGUUUUUUUAUAUUUUCAACUUUUUAAGAUAUUCAACUUUUUAAAUAUAUUUUUUCACAAUGGAAGUCAAUGGGAGGACGCCCAUUCUCUGAUAUUUCCACUACAUCAAACUUACUACAUAACUUGGUCAAUUUCAACCGUUCACCUUCGAUCAAACAUUUAAC